AUGUCCACAUUUACACAUGGGCAUUGGUUGACAGUUGAUGCAAGAAUUGUGACUAUCAUAGCUGAUGGUGUUAAUGAGGUAGCUGUUGUUUUUAUGGUGAAGAAUUGUAUGGAAUUUUUGCCAAGGUGGAGAUUUGAUUCUUUGGAAGAGAAGGAGACUGAUGAGACCAGAAGGAAUGGAGAUUUAGCAUUCUUUGAUUUGAGCACCAUAGCCGCUGCCACCGAUAAUUUCUCCACUGAUAACAAACUCGGACAAGGUGGCUUUGGCCUCGUUUACAAGGGCGUUCUGUUUAAUGGAAAAGAAAUAGCAGUGAAAAGACUAUCAAAGCAAUCAGGGCAGGGAGUACAAGAAUUUAAAAAUGAAAUUCUGCUAAUAGCAAAACUUCAGCACAGGAAUCUUGUAAGGAUGUUGGGAUGUUGCAUUGAGGGUGAAGAGAAGAUGUUAAUCUAUGAAUUCUUACCAAAUAAAAGCUUAGACUCUAUCAUUUUCGAUACAGAUGAAUCAAAAAGUUCAGUCUUGGAUUGGAAAAAGCGUUUCGAAAUCAUAUGCGGUAUUGCUCGAGGAAUGUUGUAUCUUCACGAAGAUUCCAGGUUAAGAGUCAUUCAUAGAGAUCUGAAAGCAAGCAAUGUCUUAUUGGAUGCAACAAUGAAUCCCAAAAUUUCAGAUUUUGGGAUGGCCAGAAUAUUUGGAGAAGAUCAAACAGAAGCCGAUACUAAACAUAUAGUUGGAACAUAG